GGUUUUCUGGCUUCCUGACUCUGUCCAUUCGGUGAUGCGGGUCUAACAGAUGCUGUUAUUGGCAGAGUGCUGUUUGAAAUGUUAACCUUUUCGGGGACUGAAACUGACAAAAAUACUUGAACAUUAGGUUAUCUUGGACCGGGAGACAGUGCGACAGAGACAUCCGUACCGAAGCGGAAAAGUAGGCGAGAUGAUGCGCUUCAUGCUGCUGUUCAGCCGGCAGGGGAAGCUGCGGCUGCAGAAGUGGUACACGGCCACGGCGGAGCGUGAGAAGAAGAAGAUGGUGCGGGAGCUGAUGCAGGUGGUGCUGGCACGCAAGCCCAAGAUGUGCAGCUUCCUGGAGUGGAGGGACCUGAAGAUCGUCUACAAGAGGUACGCCAGUCUGUAUUUCUGCUGUGCGGUGGAGGAGCAGGAUAACGAGCUCAUCACUCUGGAGAUCAUCCACCGCUUUGUGGAGCUGCUGGAUAAGUACUUUGGCAGCGUGUGUGAGUUGGACAUCAUCUUUAACUUUGAGAAGGCCUACUUCAUCCUGGAUGAGUUUCUGAUGGGCGGGGAGAUCCAGGACACAUCCAAGAAGAGUGUGCUGAAGGCCAUUGAGCAGGCAGACCUGUUACAGGAGGAGGACGAGUCUCCUCGAAGUGUGCUAGAGGAGAUGGGUUUGGCGUAAUCAGCUGGGCGGGGACUGGAGACCAUAAAAGGACAGGGUGGGCGGAGUCUUUGUGCUGCAGGGGAGGAGUUUGAAAGCAGGACAGAGAAGCUGAUUGGAGCUGGACCAGAACUCUCUGAUACUGCGAACAAAACAAACAAAAACUGAUUUAUUUUCAUUUUAUUUUUCUUUGUCUGCUAUUACUGGUGUAUGAGUGCACUUAGGCCUGGUGGGGGGAGGGGGGGGUACACAGCGAACCAUCACGGUUGCCUUUCAGGAGGAAGAGCCUAAUCUGGCAACCCUCGCUGCCGAAACAGCCACGCCCUCGGUUGCCCUGGUAACUGCCGGCCUGCCAUGACCAUGCCUGAAAUGGAGCGGUCGCCUGAUUGGCCUUCUCUCAAACCCCCCCCCCCCGCCCCCAGGGG